AUGGCGGAAGCGGAAGGCGAACCAGGAAGCUCCAUGCAUGGAGUCACAGGAAAAGAGCAAACCUUUGCGUUCUCAGUCGCUUCACCUAUAGUCCCGACCGAUACCACAGCAAAAUUUGAUUUGCCAGUCGAUUCUGAGCACAAGGCCAAAGUCUUUAAGAUUUUCUCUUUGGCCAAUCCUCACAUGAGAACCUUCCACCUGUCUUGGAUCUCCUUCUUCACUUGCUUUGUCUCAACUUUCGCUGCUGCUCCGCUCGUCCCUAUCAUCCGAGACAACCUCAACCUCACCAAGCAAGACAUCGGAAAUGCUGGAGUUGCUUCUGUUUCUGGGAGUAUAUUCUCUAGGCUUGUAAUGGGCGCAGUAUGCGACUUACUUGGACCAAGAUAUGGGUGUGCAUUUCUAGUAAUGCUUAGCGCACCCACAGUGUUUUGCAUGUCAUUUGUAGCAGAUGCUGGGGGUUACUUAGCCGUGAGGUUCAUGAUUGGUUUCUCUCUGGCUACAUUUGUUUCUUGCCAGUACUGGAUGAGCACCAUGUUCAACAGCAAGAUCAUAGGUUUGGUCAAUGGAACAGCAGCAGGGUGGGGUAACAUGGGUGGUGGCGCCACUCAGCUCUUGAUGCCUCUAGUGUAUGAUAUUAUCGGCCGAGCCGGAGCAACUCCUUUCACUGCUUGGAGAAUUGCCUUCUUCAUUCCUGGUUGGCUUCAUAUCAUUAUGGGCAUAAUGGUCUUGACUCUUGGCCAAGACUUGCCUGAUGGGAAUCUUGGUGCCCUACAAAAGAAGGGUGAAGUUGCGAAAGAUGAAUUUAAAAAGGUGUUGUGGUACGCUAUCACAAACUACAGGACGUGGGUCUUUGUCCUUCUCUAUGGCUACUCCAUGGGCGUUGAGUUGUCAACUGAUAAUGUCAUUGCUGAAUAUUUCUAUGACAGAUUCAACCUCAAGCUUCACACUGCCGGGCUCAUUGCCGCCACAUUCGGCAUGGCCAACUUCAUAGCUCGACCCUUUGGUGGGUAUGCUUCCGAUCUAGCAGCCAGGUAUUUUGGCAUGAGGGGCAGGCUGUGGACCCUCUGGAUCCUCCAAAGCCUAGGAGGAGUCUUCUGCAUCUGGCUCGGCCGAGCCAGCACGCUCCCCAUCGCCGUCACGGCCAUGAUCCUCUUCUCCGUAGGCGCUCAGGCCGCCUGUGGAGCAACUUUUGGAAUCAUCCCAUUCAUUUCACGACGAUCCCUUGGGAUAAUAUCCGGUCUCACCGGUGCUGGCGGGAACUUUGGCUCCGGACUCACCCAACUCGUGUUUUUCUCAUCCUCAGCAUUCUCCACAGGCACUGGUCUAUCCUUGAUGGGGGUUAUGAUUGUGUGCUGCACUUUGCCAGUGACUUUGGUUCACUUUCCACAGUGGGGAAGCAUGUUCCUCCCAGCUUCUCAACACGUUGAGAAAUCUACUGAAGAGUUUUAUUAUGGGUCCGAGUGGACCGAGGAAGAGAAGCAAAAGGGUUUGCACCAGCAGAGUAUCAAAUUUGCAGAGAAUAGUAGGUCUGAGCGUGGUAGGCGCGUGGCCUCUGCUCCGACUCCACCCAACGCCACACCUUCUCAUGUUUAGUCAACAAGGGAAUUAGGUUAACAUUAAGCAUUAAGGUGCAAGAUGAGGUUCCACUACCUAUGUACGAAGUCAUGAGUUCGAGUCACCAUGGGGCAGGAGUGAAAUCAUUUGAUCAUCUUUUACAAAAUUUAAACAAAAAAAAAAAAUGUUCAAGAUGAGGUGUGGAAACCGACCAAUAAGAGAGGAGAUAUGUUGGUAGUUUUGGUAUACUUGCGUGUGCCUCGAUUAAUGUAUCUUAUUACGUUCACA